UUAGCUAACGCCGUUAGUCUGCCGUUAGUGGUUUUUUACUUAUUUGCCCUUAAUUUUGGUUUAGCGCCAUUGACUUCCUUCACUUUCACAGAAAGACCAAAAAAAAAAAAAACCGUUCACAUUUUUCUCUUUCUCUCUCCUCUCCCCUGUUCUUCUUCAAGCUCUAAUCCUACUCAAACCCUAGAAAUUCUGGGUAGAUCUUCAAUAUUUUUGUGAAUUUUGCUGCGCACCUUAAAGGCGAGUUCGUGGGUUGUGAUUUUGCUUCAAUCGCGACAAAAAAGGGAGAAACUUGAGGCGAUUUCCAGUUGAGUUAGUGUUGAAGAGGAAACGGGAAUUUAAAGUUGGUUAGUCUACUUCCAGGAUGAGUGCUAUUUGGUUGUUACUACGUUAUGGGUCACAUAGUUUUGAUAUUAGAGUGGGAGACAUGGAAAAAUAUCGUUUGUUGAAGUUGUUUCUUGAUAUCUUUGAGGAAUCAGUUAAGCAAGAUGUUUUUUUGCCUAGUACCUUUAGCUUGUAUGUUGAGGGUCCUUGUGGUAAGGUUGAAUUGAAUGAUGAUAAGACUUUAAGGCUUCUGUGGGGAUGGAAUUGGGGUAAAGACACUGCUGAAAUUUGGGUUGAGGGAACAGAUAAACCAGGAUUGGUGUUUAGGAAUGCUGUUGCAACAAUUGAGAAUCAUAGAAAGGAAAAAGAGAGACAACUUAAGGAGAGACAAGAGGAACUGUUGAGGGCUCAAAGAGAGGAGGAAGAGGCAAUGAGGAAACAACAGGAAAGGGAGGACAUUUUGAGGGAAAUACAGGAACAAAUGGAGUACACUGUGGCUAUGGAGGUCCCUGUUGUUGAUUGUGAGGACAUGAAGGUUGAGUAUGUGAGAGUCAUUAGCAAAGAUGAUGCUGAUGAGGUGUUUCCAGGUUGCUCUCAACCAAAACAAACACAAGAAUCCCCAAAGAAACAACCCACCCCACCCAAACACACAAAUCAUGUUGCUUCUAAGUCAAAAGGCAAGGAUAAGCCUGCUUCUAAGAAACUAACCCCCAAAAGGAGGGCAUCAGCUAAACAACCCACCCCACAGAAACAACCCACCCCACCUAAACAACCCACCAAACAACCUACACCACCACCCCCACCACCCCCACCACAGAAAGAACCCACCCAACCAAAACAACAACAACACACACCACCACCAGAACAUCCCACCUCUCCACCACAACAACAACAACACACACCACCACCAGAACAUCCCACCUCUCCACCACAACAUCACACCCCUCCACCACCACCACAAAAUCCCACUCCACCACAGAACAACCAAACUGAUGAGCCUAACAAUCAAGCACCACCUGAUCAAGCUCAGCCAGUGAAAAAGAAGGGGGGCAGAGCUAGACCUGAGGGGUUUAGGGUUAACAAAGUCACAGCUAAGAAGGCUGGAACUUGGGUUUCCAAGGGAAAGGGAAAAGGGAGAAAGGGUACAGGAAGGUCUAAGACACCAGGGGUUUUUGCUGAUGUUGGUGAGAUAUGUUCAGAAGAGGAGAGUGAGGAUUCUGAUUAUGAGGAAUCAGAUUCUGAACAAGAGGAUGUUCUGAAUGAUUGGAUUGAUUCUGAUGUUGAUGAUGAGGUGAUUCCUGAUGAUAUUCCUGAUUUGGGGUUUGAGGAUUGUCUAAAUGGUUCCUCAAAGAUGGAUAAGGCCUAUAAAAAUGGCAAAAUAUGGACUGAUCAACCAUAUGGGUCCAUUAAGUUAGAACCCUGGUUGAUCUUUCAUGAUAAGGCCACAUUUCUUGAAGUGUUGAGAAGUUACUGCAUACAGGAGGGGUUUGGGCUUAGUGUUGAGAGGGCUGAUAAUAGGAGGUACACAGCAGUGUGUGCAGUGGAGUCAUGUGACUGGAGGAUACAUGCCAGUAGGUUGUUUGACAAUGUUAGAUGGGCCAUUAAGGUGAUCAGUGGGUCCCACAGAACUUGUGGGAGGCUUGAGGAGAAUCCAGUAGUGACCUCUGAGUGGUUGUGUAAGCAUAUGUUGGGGGAAAUAGAGGCAAAUCCAGAGAUUCCAGUGGAGACAUUGAGGAGGUAUGCACAGGAGAAGUUUCAGUUGAGGGUGAAAAAGAGGCUAUUGUACAAGGUCAGGAGUAUGGCAAAGGGAAAGCUGCAUGGUGGUUGGGCUGAAGCAUAUGAGCUGUUGCCUAGAUAUGCUGAGAUGAUUAAGCAAACAAACCCAGGGAGUCAUGCACUUAUAACAUGGGGGGCCAGUAGUGGGGAUGUGAACCCAAAAUUCAGAGCUUGCUUCUUCUCAUUUGCUGCACAAGUCAGGGGGUUUCUAAGGGGUUGUAGGCCCAUAAUUGGAAUAGAUGGGGCUCAUUUAAGUGGUUUCUACAAGGGCAUUCUACUGACAGCAGUUGGCAUAGAUGGGAAUAAUGAAAUUUUUGUUCUUGCCUAUGGGAUAGUAGACACUGAGAGUUGUGACAGUUGGACCUACUUCAUGAGAUGUUUGAGGCAAAUGUUUGAGCAGGAGGGUUGCAACAGAGAUGAUUGGACCUUCAUCAGUGAUAGGAUGAAGGGUGUUGAGUUGGCAGUUAGAGAAACUUUUCCUAGAGCAACUAGGAGAGUUUGCUGCCAACACCUAUACAUGAAUUGUAAGAACAAUGGCUUCAGUGGAUCUACAUUCCACAAGCUAUUUUGGAUAGCUGCUAAUGCAUACAAUGAGUAUGUGUUUGGUAAGGCCAUGGAAAAGAUCAGUGAGUACAAUGCAAAUGCCACUGCAUACUUGAACAGUUGCAUUGAGCAGUGGUCUAGGCAUAAGUUUGACUCUACUGUUUGUUGUGAUCACAACACAACAAACUUUGUGGAGUCAUUCAAUGCAUGCACAAAGCCCUUCAGAGACAUGCCUAGGGUGGGGGCUAGAUUUGACAAGGCAGUUGACAUGGAGGAAGGUCAGCUCACUGCAUAUGCAUUGAAAGAGUUAGAGGAGAGGACAGCUGAGUCCAGGUUAUGUUAUGCCACAGCAUGUGGAGGGGGUGAAUUUGAGGUUAGGGAUGGACAUGUCAACUUCCCAAUUAGGCUUGCAACAAGAAGUUGUGCCUGUGGGAAGUGGCAGAUCUGUGGAAUCCCCUGCAAGCAUGCACUGAGGGUCAUAUAUGACCAAAGGAUGAACCCCCAUGAUUUCAUAUCCCCAUGGUUCAAGGCUGCUGCAUACAAGCUAACCUAUGCAGAACAUAUUCAUCCUAUGGCAGAUCCAUCUCAGUGGCCUGACUUUGGCCUUCCUUCCAUUCAGCCUCCAACCAUCAAAAGACCAUCUGGCAGACCUGCUAAGAAGAGAAAGAGAGGGGCAAAUGAACCAAAGAAAGGGAAGAGGAACACAAAUGUGAAAUGUGGAAAGUGUAGAGAGUUUGGUCACAACUCAAGAACAUGCAAGAGUGGAGGAACAAGUGCCACUGGACCAAGUACUUCAAAGAGUGGUGCAGCAGGAGCAAGUACAUCAAAUGGGGGACCAAACACAAGGAAGAGGUCAAAGGCAGCUGCAUAG